CACGACGCUCAGCAGCGCAGACGGCCAUGAUAAGCAGGUGACCAUGUCGAAGCCAACCGCCAACUGGGAGAAGGUCGGCGACAAGUUCUACCGCAAGAUCCAGCUGUACACGGCUGUCUUCGAUCAGGACCUUGAGCUCGAGAACUACAACGUGGUGGGGGCUCCGUACAGCGGUGCAGUAGCCAUCUAUCGCGAUGAAGACAAGCUGCACACGUACAGAGGGCCCGGCCCUGCUCGGUCAAGCAUCGACGUGUACAGCUGCGCCGGCAAGCUCAUUCGGAGCAUCAACUGGGACAAAGGCACGAUCAAAGGCCUUGGAUGGUCAGAGGACGAGAAGCUGCUUGUUGUGACCGAGGACGGCACGGUGCGCUGCUACUACGAUCUGCAGGGCGACUUCGCACCCUUCACGCUGGGCCAUGACUCGGACCAACACGGCGUCGUCUCCUGUCGCUUCUACAACACGGGCUUUGUCGCGCUGCUUGGCAACAACCACCUCAUCUCCGUCGCCUCGUACGCCGAACCGCGCCCCAAGCUGCUUGCCAUACCACCCACCGAGCCCGUCGUGUCCUGGAGCAUCAUACCGCCCGCGUACUCGCUGUCGCGCUCGGUCGAGGUCAUCCUUGCCAUUGGCAGCACCCUGUAUGUCGUCGAUGCAACCGAGGCCGAGGACCGCAACUUCGACGCCGGCCCCUUCAGACACAUCAGCGUCAGCCCGCGCGGCGAGUUCCUCGCUUUCUACACAGACGAUGGAAAGGUCUGGGUCGUGAGUGGCGAUUGGAGCGAGAAGCUCAGCGAGUAUGACAGCCGCGUCAAGACAGUACCCAAGGAUAUGCAAUGGUGUGGCUCUAACGCUGUUGCGCUGGCCUGGGAAGACGAGGUGCAUUUGAUUGGCCCGAAAAGCGCUGCUACCAAGUUCUACUACGACACAUGGGUGCAUCUGUUGCCAGACGUUGAUGGCAUACGGCUGCUCACCAACGACGUUUGCGAGUUUAUCCAGAAGGUGCCUGAUGAGACAGUUGAGGUGUUUCGUCUGGGGUCUGACUCGCCAGCUGCGAACUUGCUCGAAGCGUCGUCGCUGCUGGAGCAGAAGAGCCCUAAGGCGGACGACCUGAUCCAGCUGAUCCGGCCGAAUCUGGCUGAUGCGGUGGAUGCUUGUAUCAAAGCCGCCGCGCACGAAUACAACAUCCACUGGCAAAAGUCGCUCCUGAAGGCGGCCUCAUACGGGAAGUCGGUUUUGGAUCUCUACUCGUCGGAUGACUUCGUUGACACCUGCGACACCCUUCGAGUCCUGAAUGCUGUGCGGUUCUACGAGGUCGGUCUACCUAUAAGCUAUGAUCAGUACCGGCGGAUGACACCUGAAAAACUCGUUGAGCGCCUCACCAACCGCAAUGAAUACCUCCUUGCCCUGCGUGUGGCCGACUACUUGCAGCUCCCAGUGAGCCACAUCUACGGUCAUUGGGCUCAGCAGAAGGUCCGCGUGUCGACUGAUCCUGAAGAAGAGAUCUGCGAAAUCAUCGUCAAGAAGCUUGCCGGCAAACCCGGUGUCUCUUUCGAAGAGAUCGCCCGCGCCGCCUACGACGAAGGCCGCAUUAGACUUGCAACCUCGCUCCUGGACCACGAGCCCCGCGCGGGCAAGCAAGUCCCACUUCUCCUCAGCAUGAAAGAAGACACCAUCGCACUAGACAAAGCCAUCGAGUCCGGCGACACAGACCUCAUCUUCCACGUGCUGCUGCACCUGCGCAAGAAACUGCCCCUCGCAUCCUUCUUCCGCGUCAUAAACUCCCGCCCCGUCGCCACCGCCCUCGUCGAGUCCUCCGCACGCGACCAAGACACCGACCUCCUGAAAGACCUCUACUACCAAGACGACCGACGCCUCGACGGCUCCGCGCUCCUCCUCUCCGCGGCCCUCACCCAGCCCUCCCUCCCCCAGUCCCUCGACAAACUCAAACUCGCCUCCAAGUACCUCGCCGACUCCCGCGACGCCCCCGCUGUCUUCACACGCUCCUCCAUCGACGACGCUCAGAAGCUGCUGCAUAUGCAGACGCAGUUCGAGAAGGACCUGGCCCACACCCGCGACAUCCCGAACCAGCCCAGCCCGGGCGCGGACCUCGUCGGCUUGUCUGCCAACGACACCGUGUUCAAUCUCAUCAAGCUCGGCCACACCAAGCGCGCGCAGAAAGUGGUCAACGAGUUCAAGAUCCCCGAGAAAACGUUCACCUGGAUCCGGCUGCGUGCCCUCGUCGCGGCGCGGCUGUGGGUCGAGAUCGAGGAGUGGGCAAAGCACAAGAAGAGCCCGAUUGGGUGGGAGCCGUUCUUCAAUGAGGUGCUGGCGGCCGGGAAUGCGCGUGUCGCGUCGGUGUUUGUGCCCAAGUGCACGAGCCUGACUGUCGGAGAGCGCGUGGAUAUGUGGGUCAAGUGCGGAUUGCUGGUGAAGGCAGGAGAGGAGGCGCACAAGGUGAAGGAUAGGGAGAUGCUGCUGAGUCUGAGGGAUAAGGCGAGUGGGAGUGCGGCCGUGGAGAUCGAGCGGUUGUUGGGGAUGCUGCCGCAGGGGAGGAGGUAAGACCAUGUUCUUUCGUCAAUGCACUCGAAUCAAACAACAAAUGCAUUGUUCAUUACUCAGCCGUGGAGGCUACAUAAGACUACUGUUGGAGUUCAGUG